AUGGUGGCAGAGGCACUCAGCGGAAUGAUGUCCCAAGCGAUUGAGAAGGGGUUGUUUAAGGGAUUUCUAUAUGGAAAAAAUAAGUUGGAAAUUAGCCUACUUCAAUAUGCGGAUGACACAAUCUUUUUUGGGGAGGCAUCAAUGGAAAAUGUUAGAGCAAUCAAAGCAAUGCUGAGGGCUUUUGAACUUGUGUCAGACCUCAAAAUCAACCUUUCUAAAAGUGGGUUUGGUGCUUUUGGAGUGUCAGAUGGGUGGAAAAAUGUUGCAGCUGAAUACCUUAAUUGUAGCUUGUUGACACUCCCUUUCACAUACUUUGGUGUUCCUAUUGGAGCAAAUCCGAGAUCAUCUCAGACAUGGGACCCUAUCAUAUCUAAGUGUGAGAGAAAGGUGCCUAAGAAGGUGGUGAACAAGCUAGGGAGGCUACAGAGAAGGUUCCUAUGGGGUGGGGAUCAUGAGCAAAGUAAAAUAGCUUGGGUAAAAUGGGAAACAGUUUGCUUGCCAAAAGAAGCUGGGGGGCUGGGAGUCAAAGACAUUAAUUCGUUUAACCUGUCACUAUUGGGCAAAUGGAGAUGA